UCUUAAUGAAGAUUCAUGAUUCUCAAACAUACACAUAUCUCACACCUAGAUAUAACCUUGUCCAUCUUUAAUAAUCACCAUAGAAAUUGUACUCCGUCCAAAUCCCCCACAUAAUCCAAUCUCGGGUCAAAGCACCCCGAGCGGAAUCCUAAGAGGGGCAUCACAAUCAGAACAGAACAACAAGUUCCUUCUCCAUCCUUCUCAAUAAAAAUAUCAAUAGCUAGCAUCGCAUUGAUACACAUCUCACCGAAACCGAAACAGCCCAUAACCCAGCCAAAAAAAAAAAAAAAUGGCACCAGUCCGCCGCAUCGCGCAAAUCGUCCACCUGAAGCCCUCCGCCGUCAAGGCCUAUAAAGAAUGCCACGCGAACGUAUGGCCCGAGGUCCUGCAGCAGAUCGAGGAUUGCAAUAUCAGAGACUACUCGAUCUUCUUCGACAAUGAGCGCACGUUAUUUGCGACGUUCAAGUAUGUCGGGGACGACUAUGAGGCUGAUAUGGAGAAGAUGAGGGCGAAUCCGAAAGUGCGGGAGUGGUGGGCGAUGACUGAUGGGAUGCAGGAGAGUCCCAUUCCUGGUGCUGUGGGCAGUGCAGAGGGCCCUGGGUGGUGGAAGGUCCUGGACGAAGUCUUUUACACCGAUUGAACUUUGGAUUAGAUGCCAGCAUAAUAAUUUAAUACUUACGAGACCCUUGCUUCGGUGAUUCAGGUACGAC